AUGGCGACCAAAGUGUACAUCGUAUACUAUUCCAUGUAUGGGCAUGUGGAGAAACUUGCAGAGAAAAUAAAGGAAGGAGCUGCAUCUGUUGAAGGUGUUGAAGCCAAAUUAUGGCAGGUUCCCGAGACUCUGCCAGAAGAGGUCCUCACAAAGAUGAGUGCACCAACAAAGAGUGAUGUACCAUACAUCACACCAAGCGAGCUCCCUGAUGCUGAUGGAUUCGUCUUUGGCUUCCCAACCCGAUUCGGAAUGAUGUCUGCCCAAUUCAAAGCAUUUAUGGACGCAACUGGAUCUCUUUGGAGGACACAGCAGCUGGCUGGCAAGCCUGCUGGCAUAUUCUACAGCACUGGUUCUCAAGGUGGUGGCCAAGAAACCACGCCAUUGACUGCAAUCACUCAGCUUGUUCACCACGGAAUGAUAUUCGUCCCCAUCGGCUACACAUUUGGUGCCGGCAUGUUCGAGAUGGAGAAGGUGAAAGGCGGCAGUCCUUACGGAGCCGGAACUUUUGCAGGCGACGGAUCGAGGCAGCCAUCGGAGCUCGAGCUGGAGCAGGCCUUCCACCAGGGGAAGUACAUUGCCGCAAUCACAAAGAAGCUCAAGGGUGCGGCCUAA